AUGACUAGUUUGCGACCGUCCGCCUCUGAUGUCCCGUCCACUUCGAAAAUGGAAGAAGCGCCGCCUUCUACCAGUUUUUCCAGGUUCAUACUCUGAUAAGCCAGUGAGGAAAGUUGAGAAAUUCAGGCGGAGAAUGGCAUUCCGACCGCCUUCUGGCCAUCCGACACGAGCUGUCCCGGUAGGCUGUUGUAAGAAAUUUCAUGGGAAAGCAUGAUAAAAAAUAAAGGCUGCUUAAGCUGGAAAAAUAAUUCAAAACUAGUUGCUGACAAAGGAAAAUAGUUCUUUUUUCUCAUCUGUUACCUAUUUCCAGGUUUUUUUCAAUGAGUAGUUCUUGUUCUUCGUCCAGCUUUUUUUCUUGAAUAUCGAAUAGGUGAUUUCUGUGACACUACGGUUUCAGCUCAACAAUUCCUCAUCGAACUCAGGAUCAUCUUGCAAAAAUCACAAUAUCGCUUCUGUGAGCAAUGCGGACGCCCAGGCGGCUCAAACUUUAGCUAACAUGGAGCUGAUUAACCCAUCAAGUAUGCCGAUAGGUGUGUUAUUUUCCGCUUCUCUGAGGAAAAACGGUGUUUCCUCAAUUUCGAAAAUUCGAACAAAAUUUUUCCAACCUUUUUUGAAGAAAAGGAAGUCGAAGAAACAACGAGAAAACGAGCCGCGAAGUCCUGGACGCAUGAAGAUGUGAUGGCGUACUACGAAGGAUUAAAAAUGGUCAGAUUGUUUCGGUUCUUUCAAAGUAGCAGAGGUCUCCUUGUUUUUCAGCACGGGAAAGACUUUGAUUCCGUUGUCAAAGUGAUGGCCAAGAGGAAGGUACACAAAGACAAAGAUCAAACGAAAAAUUAUUUCUUCAACUCGUUGAAAAUUCUCAAACAGCUUCUCGUUAUCGAUGAAGGUGUUGUGAAAAAUAUAAUAGUUUUCUGAAAAAAAAAAGGCUCAGAGCAAAUGGGGGAUGGGCCGAAAGACGCCAAAGAGCUGUUUUUGAGCAUCAAUGCUUGUGAAUGGAAGAAGAGAACUGGAAGCUCGAAAUUCAUUUCCGACCGAAUGAGAGAACUGCUUUUCGACGGGUUUCUUUUUUUUAAUUUCUUACUUUAACCAAGUGAACUGUUCAUUUAGAUCGACUACCGUGAGAAUAAACAAGAAGUCAGUCGUCAUCAAGACGCCGCCCUGUCCGAGUCUUCUCAAGUUCUUUUCAAGUAGUCCCGAGGCAACCGAGCAUUUGCUACUUCGAAUUCAGGGUCGAGAAGAGUUGAUAAAUUUCCUGCGGACGUAACUGUUGAGAUUAAACCAAAGACCUAUGGUGACGCGGCUUAUGUGGUAAUCAUUUCCACAGAGAAGAAAUAUUGCUCAGAUCAAAUUGAAGAUAUCUCGACAACAAAACCCUUUGAUAAAGCUGAGGAUAUCCACAAACGAGAAAAUAUCACGGAUCAUGGAAUUAUUAACGAAAAAGUGGGGACCAGAGCCUUCGGUUCGUUGUGACUACUUUCCAUUUGGCAUGAGAACAUCUUGGAGGAAACUGCUGCGACUUCUAAUGUCAACUUUCGACUUUGGCCGGACCAAGAAGUGGAGAUUGGCUCGCUGACUGUUUCCGAAGUGGACGUGUCCCCAUCAGUUGCCUUGUCUUUCAAUAAGUGGCGUUUUUCUUCUUUUUUUUUCCACGUGAAGGGAUUGCAGGUUCAAAAAGGAAUAUGAACAAAUUAAGGCGACAAAGAAAGAUGUGGGCUCUUUGUCAAAAAGUCGGUUAUCAUCCCAAAGAACCACUUAUUGGUCUGUUCAGAACCUUCUUACACAGUGCUGUAUCCAAGUCCUUUUGUGCUAACUGAUGAAAUUCUACAUGACGGAAUCUGUGCAGAAAACAUUCGCGAAGCCAUUGUCGCUGAACUUUACUGUACGGUAUGUUGAUGAACAAUUUUUUCUUUUUUUCUUGUCGUAAAGAAAGAUAUAUUUUGCAGUGUGGGAUGAAAGAAACUUUCGAACUUCGUUACAGUUUGGAGCUGUCGCCACAGAAAAAUCGUCAUCACGUGGAGCCGUGGGAGGUGGAAACAAUUGGAAGAUUUUUUUGAAGGGCGCCAAUUUAAGAUGAUGACUAUGCUGUUACGGAGAGAUUAUGGAGAGUCUCUGUGCGGCAAAAAAGACGAAGAAAUGAUGGCGGCCAACAGAAAACGGGAACGAGAUCGUCAUCAUCCAGAGGUCAAUGAGAGGUUCGAUGUUUACUGGAAAGCUGUUUGAUUUCUUGCCUUCAGUCAUGACUUUUCGGAACCGCCUGUGAAAAAGGGAACGCGCGUCUCAAAGAAUGCUGUUCAGGAAGUGAGCUUUUUUUUCUGAAAAAUAAUUUUUUUUCAGAUAAAACUUAUGAAAGAUGAAUACCGUGUUCAAGUACGAAUAAAACUCAAAAACUACACGCUUACAGCAAUCAAAAUCAAUUUUUUAAAAUUUUUUCGGACAUCGAAUAUUUCAAAGUGUUCUUUAAUUUGAUUAUCUAGUUUGAGGUUGCUCCCAGAGAAGCGGUCAUCGAUAUUCCGCAACUGAUUGAAUCGGAAAUCGUUCAGCGAGAAAACGAGGAGUUUGAAGAUCAGUUGCUAGCGUUGCAGGCGAAAAAGAAAGUGAGUCCUGUUUGGAAUUCUUCCAUUUAGCGUUAGUUUCAGAAGAGGAUGCGUUUCAACAAAGCGCCAGCAGUGAAAAAGAAAGACGAUUUCGUGGAGACCCGAUGGCUCGCUGCGCCGCUUCCAACUAAACAAGAUCCAAAGAAAGGUGAGCUUUCGAGAAAAGACGGAGUUGGGACUCGCGUGUCCAGGGACGGGAUACGUCAGCCAGUUCCAUGCCAGGAGAGCUGCAGCGAUCAUUGCCAAAAAACAGCAGGAAGAUGGGCAAAAAUGUGUUGAGACUCCACUUCAAACCGACUUUUCUGCAGUCUGUCUUCAUUUCAGAAAAGUGAUCAAGAAACGGAAUUCAGCUUUCGCAAAAAGUAGAACCUCAAUCUGCAGCCGCCCACUUUUUGGAUGCCUUGAGAACGCCAGAGAAGACACCGGAAAAACGCGUGUAUAUGACGCCGUUCAAAGAUGAAAGGUAUUGUGUUUCAAGAUUUUAUUUAUGCAACUGUUAAUUAAUUUAAAAUUACCGAUGAAUAAGUGAAGUGUAAAUAAUGCUCUGAAGAAUACGAGAAAUAAGUACUUUGAAAAGAAUUGAACGAAAAAAAUCAGAAAAUAACUUAACAAAGUGUUAAUUUGAUAAAGAGACGAAUGAAAUGUGUUCAAUCUUUUGAAAAGACUCUUGAAUGAGAUCAGAAACAACUAUUUGAUUUAUUUGAAAUAUGAAAGUUAAAGUUGAGCUGAAUUGAUAUAUUGAUAUAUUUUUUUUCUUGUGUAUUGUAUAUAUUUGUUUGAUGAUUUCAAGGUUUGAUUUGCUCAAUGCGUAAAUGCAAUACCCAUUUCUGGUGAAAUUAUUGAUUAAUGUUAUUAUUCUUCAUAUAAAGUCUCCAAUUUUGCUGUAACAUAGAGAAAAUAUUAUAACGUCGAUAUGGAACUUCAGUAAAUGACGGUUUCUGUUUCUGCCCGAAGAAAAAUUGAAUUUAUUUAUCAAUGUUUUUCGUUCCUACAAGGGAGUUCAUUUUAUUUUGCGGUUGGGAACUCCUUGAAAAUUAGGCAGAUCAUUCCUUACUAAGAUUUUGCGAGGUCCUGGAAGUCUCAACGUGCACAAUUUUCUAGUUUUCGAGAAAUAAAAGCUGAAAGUCCAAAAAUGGCCUAUUUUGAAAUAUUUUGUGGGUUUUCUUCGACUUUGAGCCUUUCUUUAUUGAAAACUAGCUGGACAGAUUGAGACUUUCAGGGCCAUAAUCUAGUACAUUGAGAAAUGUUCUGACCAAUUUUUAAGGAUUCUCAACCGCAAAGAAAUUACCUUCCUUGUUAAGGGACUUGUACAGUAAUGGUGGAACGAUGGAUAGACUUUUCGGAGGGGAUCUCUCAAUGUCGCCGGGCCCUCGGUUCACGCGCUCAAAUGAAGAACAGUCAACGUCUGUUUGAACUUAUUUUCUCAAUUUCAACGUUUCUUCUAGCGUUCACGACGCCUUUGACAACCUUUUUGGCGAAAUUUCUUUGACUCCGUCCAAAUUCGCUCAGGUACGUGAUGCUCGUUCCAUUGCUCGAAAGCUUUCUAUAUCGAGGAAUCAGGCUGUUCCGAUUUCAGACGAAUGAAUCUCAAUGCGGCCUGGCGGGAUUCCCAGAAGACGUGCAGCAAAGCUUCGUCGACAUGAUGUCUCAGGACAGCCACGACUAUGUCCGUCUUUUCGAGCCGCUCGCCAGAAGAAUGGAGGCGACGCCUGUCAAAAAUAAACGUCUUUGA